CUGCCCACUGCAGAGAUGGUGCAAGUGACUCCCUUCCUCCUGCUGCUCUGCCUGGCUCUGGUGGCUCCUGGCCUCUCUUCCACAAAGUGUGUGCUGACUGGGAAAUGGAUCAACGACCUGGGCUCCAACAUGGUCAUUGAGGCUGUGAACAAGGAUGGCAGUUUUAAAGGUACCUACAACACUUCGGUGUCAGACAGCCCACAUGAGAUCAAGAAGUCACCGCUACUGGGAUACCAGCAGGACACAAGCCAGAACGACCAGACCAUCUUUGGCUUCACUGUCAACUGGACCUUUUCAGACUCUAUCACUGUCUUCACUGGACAAUGCCUUGUGGAUAAGAACGGAAAGGAGGUUUUGAAGACCGUUUGGCUGCUGAGGUCACAUGUGGACACCAUCAAAGACGACUGGAAAGCCACUAAGGUUGGCACCAACGUCUUCAAGCGAAUCGAGGAUCAGAAGGAGUGA